AUGGCUCUCACACCUGUCAUGCUUGCCCUCACACUCUCACUCUCCCUCCUAGCGACAUUGUCCACAGCUCAACCACCCUCCUACUCCCCAACAUAUGCUCCAAUGACCACUCCCUCCACACCUGCGCCAAUGACCACUCCCUCCACACCUGCUCCAAUGACCACUCCCUCCACACCUGCGCCAAUGACCACUCCCUCCACACCUGCUCCAAUGACCACUCCCUCCACACCUGCUCCAAUGACCACCGCUCCGCCACCGACCGUUUCAGCUCCUUCUCCCACCGCCACUGCCACUCCGCCUACAACAGGUAUGCCGCCCAGCACCUCCGCCAGCCCUGCUGAAACGCCUCCGAUGCCUAGCACGCCAAGCCCAGUCCCGUCUUCUAUGAGCUCGCCGCCUGCACCAGCCGGACCAGGAGAAUCUCCCACAACCCCUCCAGGCUCAGGUGCAUUUGUUCAUGGAGUUAACACGGCCUUGCUACCAUUCCUGGCCGGAUCAGCUAUUACACUACUACUCCUUGCUUAA